GAAAAAUAGCAACCAUUAAUAAUUUAGAUUUUACUGGUUCAGUAGCAAGAUUAAGAUGUAGAUUAAUAAAAGAGGAUACACCUAAAAGCAAAAUAUUGCAUAGUCUAGGCACAAGUUUAAUGUUAGCCUUUGAGGGAGUGCUAGAUGAGGAGCCGUUAGAAAUUCGCGAGGAG